CAGCGGAGACCCUGCGGCAGACGACCAUCUCCUCUACCUCCUCCAUCUCCAGAUUUCUCCAGUUUCUACUUUGUAUCCUUGCUCAGCUUCAACUGACAUUGGACAUCUGCGAUUGACACUCUUUUCGCGUGUAUUCAAGCCUAUUCUUCACCAAGCCCAAGGUACAGUAAGUGUGGAUCAAAUGAUAUCAGUGUGCUUUGAACUUGACAAUUCGAAUUGCCAGUCUUUACAGCUAUGAUUGGCUCACCAGAGAUGGGACACUCUGUCCCUACAUUGCCGUUGCGGUCUGCGAUGAAGCACCCCUCACGCCCCGACACACCUUCGUCGGCGCAAUUACCGAGCUCUCCUCCUUUCAGGUUAUCCCCUUUCCUACCUGUCCCUUCACCUGCCAUCUCAGGAAUGAGCACUCCUGCAGCACCAUACUCAUCCUCAUCUACAAUAUUCUCUCCUCCGCAGUCCCCUUCAGUGUCAACUUUACCACUCGUGGCAGCGCAAGGCUAUACUCCUAAAGUCUCCUUUGAUACAUUCGAGGACCCGCAGGCAUCCAUGUUCUCGUAUACGCUACACGUACAGAGUGAUGGCUACACGAGGACCAAGAAUACAAGGGUAUUCUUAUGCGCAUCUAGUCCAGAUGAGAGCGGCCGUCAAGCGCUCGAUUGGGCAUUGGAAAGUCUUGUGCAGGACGGCGAUGAGCUUAUCGUAUUCCGCGGCGUUGAUACAGAGGAGUUGGAGAAAGACCAUGACUUGUAUCGUGAAGAAGCUCGAGAGCUUAUGAAGCUAGUACAAGAGAAAAGCACAGAGUACGAUUCAGAACGAAAGCUCUCAAUCAUUGUAGAGUUCAUUGCCGGCAAGGUCACCAGCACGAUAGACCGUUUGAUAGCUCUCUACCGCCCGGAUUCUGUUGUGGUUGGCACUCGUGGUCAACGAGGAAUGAUGCAAGCCUGGGGUGCAGCGUUUGGUGCCCCAGGAGUAGGUAGUGUCUCAAAGUAUUGCUUGAGUCACUCGCCUGUUCCAAUCAUCGUGGUUCGACCUGAGAGUAAGGUCCGCAAGGCGAUGCUCAAACGACGUGCAGAUCCCAAACGAGGGAAACAUUUUGACGAGUAUGUUUUUCUUCAUAUACGUUUAUGUCAGGUUACUUACCGUUGUGUUAGGUUGACACGGGCUCGUACGCAAUCUGCAGGCGGUUCUCUCCCGAUACUCCCAACUUUAACUCGGUAGUCAACCCUGACGACUCCUACGAUUACCGCUUUCUUGGAUGCCUGCCUGAUAUGCGUACUCUAAUCACGUCAACGAUUCUCCGUAAACCUACUAAUUCUGCGAUCGUUCUGGUCAACGGUUGACGUUUGCAUGUGUACCAGUAUUACUUCCUUCAUAUCCACCACAACGAUUCAAUCUGUAUCAACGAAACUCCUCAGGCAAAUUCCUGCAAUCCGCUCUACUCCACUCCUGAUUCAUUUCUUCCUCGUACAUAAUAUAUCAUAAUUACUCGUUCCCAGACAUGCAAGGGGGUAUUCCAUAU